AUGGAGGGCAUCAUCCACGCUCGGGCACUGGUGCGAGAGUGCCUGGCCGAGACAGAGCGCAACGCCCGCACGUAACGGCCGCUCUUCACGGGCCUUCU